GACACAUCAAUCCACCAACAAAAAUAUAUAUACACCAUAACAUAGUAGGAGACAAUGCAAUUUAUUCCGAAAUCCAAAGGGUGAAGAAAGUGAAAGUGAGAUGAGUUACUACAAUCAAAACGCUCCUAUGUCCGGGCCUCCUCCUCCUCAAGGGUAUCCUCAACCAGGUUAUCAAGGUCCUCCUCCUCCAUACCAAGGAGCUCCUCAACCCCCACCUCAAGUUUUUGUCUCUCAAGCUCCACCUGUGGCACAAGGACAAGGUUCAGCAGCUGCCGCCGGUGGAAUGGCCGGAUGUCUUGGUGCAAUGGGAUGCCUCUGCUGCCUAGAGCUGUGCUGUUGUCUCGAAAUAUGUUGUUGACCUUGAUCAGAUUAGACAAAAAAAAUUGGCAUGUCUUACUACGGCAACCACCACCGAACGAUAUGUGAAAAUUUAUUUCAUGAUUGCAUAAAUUUUAGAGAGCUAUUAGUAUUAUUAUUUAGAA